CCGCCGAGGCUUCAGUGUGCCGUGUGGCGGCUCUAACGGAACCUGUGGUCUCAUGGACAGCCGCCUGCUGCUAUUGCAACGGUCCAUGGGCUUCAGGUCUUUACGGCUCACAUGAUCCGGACACCCGACCUGGCGAAGGGAAGGAGCACCGGCGGCAAGGCAUGUCCCUGGACGAGAGCACGGCUCGCCGACGCCUCGACGGCCACGCCAGCGACGACGAGCACGCCACCACGCGGGCGCCACUCGUGCGGUCUGAGCGGCUGUCGGCGCCUGCGCGUCUGAGGCGCAAGGAAGGCGGGAGGUGCGGGCUGGAUUCGCAGGCGCAGUCGCCACGCCGCCGCACCGAGGUGCCGCCGCCGCUGCGCCUGCACGUCGACGCCGACGCCGACGCCGAGGUGGACCUCCCGGCGUGCCACGCGCAGGUGUGCCUGCUGCCGGCAGAGCCGCGACACCAGCUGGAGGGCUGUUUACACGACGUCUGGCAGGCAGAGGACGCAGCCGGCGGGGAGUCGGCGCAGCUGGCCCUGGCGCACGCCGGAACCGAGAUCCCGCAAGUCGUAGUCGACGAAUGCAGCGCCGACGACCGGGACAACCUGUCCGACGCGUCGCUUGCGGAGGCUAGCGAUACGGUAUACGAGGAAGCUGUGGCCAGCUUGGCCGAGGAAGAUGGCGGGAGCUGCGUGGGCGCGCUGGCGGAGGACGCGGCCUCCGUCGCCAGCAGCGGGAGCCGCCGCUGGUCCCCCGGCGAGGUCAACCUCGGCUUCGAGGACACCGAGCCAGACCUGCGCUACGUUGACAUCUCGCGGCCCGACGCCGACCACCUGCCCUGGUACUUCUCGCCACACUCUCCCGAGGGCAGCAGUAGUCGCAGCCAGCGGCCGCACUCCAUCGCAGUACCGGCCGACGGGCUGCAGCGGCGAGAUCCGCUGCGCGCCACCGCGCCCCACCGCUACACGGUGAGCGAGCGACCGCAGUCGGCGACAUGUGUGCAGUUGGCGUCGGAGUCGGUUUUUCCUUCGGCUCCUCGACUGCCCAGCGAUGGCGAAAUCGCAGUCUCGCACUCCUCUGCCUCCAGCUCUGGCAGCGGAGACAUCGACUGGAGCUGGGUGUCCGGCGAGGAGGAGCGCCAGCGGCGGGCGUCGAUGCGGCGCGUGGAGCCGAUGCAGCAGCCCGCUCUGCCGCUGCCGCUGCCGCCGCUGGGCGCCCCGCCCCUGCAGCUGCAGCACCGGCCGUGCCGCGCCUCCGCGCCGCCCGCGCCCACGUUCGCGCACCAAGCGCCGCCGCCCGCCGACUUCCCUCGCAGGUACAGCACGAGCGCGGUGGGGCGGCGGCUGCAGAGCCUGGGGCACCGACCUAGCGCCAGCUCCUCCUCCUCUUCCAGCACCGACUCCGCCCCGGAGAAUAGCCCGCAGCACGCACCCGAGUCCCAGGACAGGACUGGGUCUGGCAGAGGUGGGCGCAGCAGCGGCCAGGGCUGCUGGCCACACGGGCUGAGCUGCAUGUUCGCCACCCUGGGCUGCACGCUCGGCCUCUUCAACAUCAGCCGCUUCGCCGUCUUCAGCGUCCAGUUCGGCGCAAAUUUUAUACUGCAGUUCAUGUUCCUGACUCUCAUCCUCGGCAUACCACUGCUUACUGUCCAAGCGUCCCUGGGGCAGUAUCUCAAUGCCGGAAUCAUGGACAUGUGGAGAAUCUCUCCAAUUUUCCAGGGUGUCGGUGUAGCACUGUUAGCAUCACAAGCUUUAAUUGGAAUCUACAGCAUAGUUGGAGUGUCAUGGAUGUUCAUCUACUUCCGUGACUCAUUUAUAACCAAACAGGACCAGUAUCCGUGGGCUGUUUUUGAACAAUAUCGUCAAGAACCACAAAUAAAUGGUACUCACAAACUUGAAGAAACAGUACCUGACUACCUCAAUGGAAUGGUCCUUCAGAGACAAAGUCUUGUCUCUCCAGAUCCUUCAUUUGGGCACCUUAAAUUCCAAGUUACAUUCAAUUUGGCUGUGGUCUGGAUGAUUGUAUUUGUUUCUUUAAGCAAAGGCCUUAAAUCAUAUGGCAAAGUUGUUUAUGUCUUCUCAUUGUUUUCUGUUCUUGGGAUCUUGAUACUUUGCACAAAAAUUCUUGGUCUAACAAAUACUUCAUCUGGACAUAAGGUUUUCCCAGAAACAGUAUGGAGUGAAUUUUUCAUUAACACAAAGUGCUGGGUGGCUGCUACAACAGAGGUUUUCUAUACAUGGGGUUUGCUGGGAGCUGCUGUCAUGCAGAUUACGUCUCACAAUCAGCACAAACAUCUCCUUCACCGAGACAUCAGCAUUGUUAUUAUUGUCACACUUGCAGUUUUACUGCUCUCGGCAUUCCUUGGUAACACUUGUGUUGAACUGCUAGCAGCUAGUGGCUACACCUACAUUCCAAGUUCAUUUGAACAAUUAGGAACUGUGACAUUCCUUCAAGCUGAAGGUGCACCACCACAUCCAAUAUUUGCAAGAACACCUGUGCGCUACAUGUCUCAUAGCAUAUUUAUACUUGGGUCUCGUGUUCUGCUUCCUGGUAUGGAUUCAGCAAGGGAAAGUGGUUAUCAAGUGCUGAGACUAGCAACAGAGCUAGCACCAGCAACAUUUGCACUUAUGGGCUCUGAACGAGUCUCACCUUUUUGGGCAGUGCUCUUUUAUUUUGUUUUGAUAACAUUUGGAAUUGCUCAACAGCUGGCCAUAUGGCACUGUGUAAUUACAGGAAUAACAGCUAUAAAAUCAUCCAGCCUUAAAUCAUGGGAAACAACAAUUACAUUCUUUAGCUGUGCCUGUGGAUUUGUUCUUGGAUUGCCCAUGACCACAGAGCUUGGAAUAUUUGUUGUCUACUUCAUGGACUUUGUUGUUGGCUCUGGAUGGUGGAUUAUGGUGCUUUAUCUCCUGCAAAUUGCAGCUGUUUUUGUGGUACGUGGUCGCCCAUACAGUGGAGAGAGUGUUGUCUCAACAUUGUUUACGAAAGGCUCAGGAUGCUUACAAGUAUGGGCUGGGCCCAUGCUUGUUUUUACUUGGAAUGUUAUUCUGCCAGUAGCACUAAUGGUUCUGUGCAUCACAAUUUUUAAAAAUGGUCGUUAUCGUGAAAUGUAUAUCUGGCACAAUACAGGUCAUGAUUACUGGCCAUUGUGGGUGAGGGAAAUCGGAUCACUAAUGCAGAUUCUUCCAUUGUUAGCUGGCCCUCUGGUGGCAGUGAUACAGAGUUGCCGCUACCUUUCUGGUGGUCCACCAGAUCUCUUUGAUAGAAUCCGAUUACUUUACCGCCCACCAGUAGAUGCAGAAGAGGGUCAUGACAGCACCCAUUCUACAAAUAAUGUUAACACAACUAGCACUACCAACAUCAUAUCUUCACCUGUGCAAGAACCAGCUUUUGAGGAUCCACCACCUAAAUAUACUCCUCCACCAUCAUAUACUACAGCAACUGGAGCAAGAAUUGCAAAGCUGUUAAGGCAAAGCUUCCGACGUAGUGUGCGCAGAAUCACACAAGCUCUGACUGACAGCAGCAACACCUCUGAGUUCCCUGCCGGGCCAAGGUCAUUAGCAGCUGCAGUAACUGCAUCAUCCAGUAACAGUCAAGCCCCACCACCAGAUUAUGCUGCUGUGCUUGUGGAGAUGAACUGCCCUGUUAAUAGUGAGGCAAACAUGAACCCCUCACAGUCCACCAUGACAGCUGCCGAAGUUGUUAAUGUCCUCAGAAGCAGUGUUCGAAGGCCAGUGCCGCGAUCCCAGCAAGAUAAUGUUGAACCUGCAAAGGUGGAACGGCAUUCAACUUCUCUGAUAUGAUACCAAAGAUGUGGUCUCAGUAACAUUAUCUGUGUCUCUUCAGACUUUUGUGUGUGUGUGUUUUCUUUUUUUUAGCCAAAUUUAGAUUAACUAAAAUUACUGUCAUCUCUUGUACCUUCAUUGUAUUGAUAACUGAAUUUAUAAUUCAGAUAUCACUGUGUACUGAUAUAUGUGGAACAUAUAGCAAAUGUCAGUGUUUACUGAAAGUUCAGUCUUGGAGGACAUUCACAGAGAGUGUGUGUGUGUGUGUGUGUGUGUGUGUGUGUGUGUGUGUGUGUGUGUGUGUGUGUGUCCCAUUCACUGAUAUUUUAUUAUGGAUUUUAUCCAUGUAUUGUACUUUUGGAAAAAUUAUGCGAUGAUGCGAAAAUGAUUUGUAAUAAAACAUAAAUUCUUACUGGACAA